AUGGAUUUCGUACGUGAAUUAAAAAUAAAGUUUGGUGUCCAGAAAAUUGUGGAAAAGUACUUGAAAAGUCAUGAAAAAAAUCAUAGGAAAAUACAAGCACAUGCGUGCAGGAUGUAUUUACAUGAAAAUUUGGAACUGUUGGAGUUUUCGGAGGAGGAUGCGGAACGCUUUGCCAGCAUCCUAGCAUCGGACAGUGACCGCCUGCUAGAACUGAACAGCAUUCAGACGUACAAGUCACUUGCGAGCGUGGACCGGUACAUGUUAUUACGCUACAUGCAGGAGUUUCAGAACGACUAUAUGAUAAUGUACUAUGGAAAUGAUAUCAUCUGGUCGUACGAUUUUUCUCACAAUGGCCUCCGUUUCAGCGGAGACGUUCACCACUCGAAUGUUUUUCCUAUAGAAUACAAGACUGAGGGAGUGUACAAAUUUCCGUACUUCAGGGAACAUUUCUCCAAUGCAAAUGACACGUGCCCGAUCUGCUGCGAUGAGUUUGAAGAGAAUUCCUUCGUCCUCAAACUAUCGUGCGGGCAUAUCUUUCAUCCGGAUUGCCUGGAAAACUGGUUCGUAGAAAAACAAAAUUGUCCUUUCUGUAGGAAAAAAGUGACUCUUUACCAGGUCUUUAGCUACGAUUGCAAAUCAAUGUCACUGGAGGAUGGUUCUAUGAAUGUUGAAAUACAAAUGCGUUCCGUACCUAAUACUAUGGAAUAA